AUGGGUUUGAUGAUUGAUAGUUUAAAAUAAAAAAUGAGAAAAAAAGAGAUGAUUCUGGAAUAAAUAUGUAUAAAUUGUGUAAAUUACGUAAUAGAGGAUUUGAUUAGAGAUUAGUAUAAUGCGUAAUAUAAAAGUAGUAAGUAAAGAGAGAAGUUCGUCAUAAAUAAAAUCAUAAUUAAUGCAGAAUAAAAGCUUAAAAACAAUAGAGUUAGGAGAGAGAUGGGGAUUAGAGAACAGAGUUGUAUUUAGAAAUCCAAGUGUUCCUUUGAUAUACUAGAUGUCAAUGUAAUAAGGUUAGGAAUGUGGUACAAGAGGAGAUUCUAUAAAUAGUACUGGUGCAUUAGUGGCAUAUUCUGGGAAGAAAUGUGGGUAAAUAAAUAGUAUUAAGUAUAUAGUCGAGUACCAAAGGAUAAAAGAAUAAUAAUAGACUCAGUAACAGAGAAAGAUGUUUGGUGGGGAGAUGUAAACAUUCCUUUGAGUAAAGAAUCAUACAUAGAAGUUGAGAGAAUAGCUUUAGAAUAUUUGGGAAGUUAAGAAAAAGUAAGAAUUGUAUUGAAUAUUUAUAGUUGUUUAUAAUAGAUGGAUAUGCUGGAUGGGAUAUAAAACAUAGAUUGAGAAUUCGAGUGUUUUGUACAAGGCCUUAUCAUGCAUUGUUUAUGAAGAAUAUGUUAAUCAGACCAAAUGAAGAGGAGUUGAAGAAAGAUUUUAACGGGGAUGUUGAUUUUUAUAUAUUCAAUGCUGGACCUCAAAUAAUCUAAAAACAUAUUGAAGGAGUGACUUCAGAAGGUUGUGUAGCUGUGAAUCUGAUUGAAAGAAAAAUGGUGAUCUUAGGAACUUAAUAUGCUGGAGAGAUGAAGAAAGGUGUCUUUGGAGUUACACAUUAUUUAUUUCCUAAAUAAGGCAUCUUAACAUUACAUAGUUCAGCAAAUGAAGGAGAAGAUGGAGAUGUUACAUUGUUAUUUGGUUUAAGUGGAACAGGUAAAACUACUUUGAGUGCUGAUCCUAAACGUAAACUUAUUGGAGAUGAUGAACAUGCUUGGUCUGAUGAUGGUAUUUUUAAUAUUGAAGGCGGUUGUUAUGCAAAAUGCGUUGAUUUAUCUAAAGAAAAAGAACCUGAAAUCUUUAAUGCAGUUAAGUUUGGAGCUGUCCUUGAAAAUAUUGAAUAUUAUUCUUAUUCAAAUAGACAAGUAGAUUUUUCUAAUAUCUCUAUCACUGAAAAUACUAGAGUAAGUUAUCCCUUAGAAUUUAUACCUGGAGCUAAAUUUCCUGCAUAAGGAACACAUCCUAAAAAUAUAUUCUUUUUAACUUGUGAUGCUUAUGGUGUCUUACCUCCUGUAUCUCUCUUAACUCCUGAAUAAGCUAUGUAUCAUUUUAUAUCAGGUUAUACUGCCAAAGUUGCAGGAACUGAAGUUGGAGUUAAAGAACCUUAAGCAACAUUUUCUGCUUGUUUUGGCGAAGCCUUUUUAGCUCUACAUCCUACUCUCUAUGCUAAUAUGCUUGCUUAAAAAAUCAAAUAACAUCAUACCAAUGUUUGGUUAAUUAAUACUGGAUGGACUGGUGGUAAAUAUGGUGUAGGAUAAAGAAUGUCUUUAAAAUAUACUAGAGCUAUCAUUGAUCUUAUUCAUUGUGGAUAAUUAAAAAAUGCUCAAUUUGAAAACUUUCCUAUCUUCAAUUUUAAAAUUCCUAAAUCUGCUUAAGACAUUCCUACUGAAAUUCUUAAUCCAAGAAAUACAUGGAUGUAUUAAUUUUAUUUCAUUAUUUAGAAAUUCAAAUGAAUUUGAUCAAUAAUUAAAAGAAUUAGCUCUAAAAUUUAUGGUCAAUUUCAAAAAAUAUGAAGAUAAAGCAACUAUAGAUAUUCUUAAUGCAGGCCCAAAACUGUGA